AUGGCCGCUGCCGGCGCGCACGGCCGCGCGUGGAAGGCCAUUGAGGUGAAGGGCCCGUAUGCAGGCACGCCGUGGGUGAUGAAAGAGGUGCUGCUGCCCGCGAGCCGCGAGGCGCGGCAGGUGAUCUACCGCGAGGUCAAGAUCCAGUACCGCCUGCGCCACCCCUUCGUAGUCUGGUGCAGGGACUUCUCGGUGUCGCCGGACCGUGACCUGGGAACGAAAAAGAUGUGGUUGGUGCUCAACUAUUGCAAAGGCGGCUCCCUGCGGCGCCUCACGGAGCGCCUCGCGCGCUCCGGACAGUUCCUCUCCGAGAACACGGUCCUGCGCAUCCUCACGCAGCUCCUGCUCGGCGUCGAGUACCUCCACAGCAACAAGGUCCUCCACCGCGACAUCAAGACCGACAACAUCUUCAUCGAGCAGGACCCGCGCGAGGGGCAGAUUCGCCGCGUCAUGCUCGGCGACUUCGGCAUCGCGCGCAAGCUGGACUCCACGGUGCAGCUCGCGAGCUCCGUCGUGGGCACGCCGCUGUACAUGGCGCCGGAGGUCCUGCGCGGGCAGUCGUACGACAGCUCCGCGGACAUCUGGUCCGUGGGAUGCGUGGCGGUGGAGAUGUGCGUGAACGCGCACGCCUUCGCGGGCCGCUCGUGGCAGCACAUGCACGACCGCAUCGUGCGCGCGGACUACACGCCCGUCGGGGAGCAGUACUCGAAGUCGCUGCGCAAGCUCAUUGCGGUGAUGCUGCAGGUCCCGCCGCAGCGCCGCCCGUCCGCGCGCGACCUCCUGAGCUCCCCGCUCCUCCUGCGCCACGUCGCGGAGGCGCUCGUGAGCUCCUCGCUGCCCGUGGACGUGCCCGCGCCGCUCGACCCCGACGGCACCAUCCGGCGCUUCGAGGAUGAGGUCUCGGGCCACGUGGGCAAGCAGGUGUCGCGCCUCGGCAAGGAGGUCGUCACCAUGAUCCGCGAGUCGUACCCCGCCGCGUCGGACCGGAUCCUCGCGGGCGUCAAGUCGGACAAGCCCGCGCCCGCAGAGAAGCUGCCGCGGCUCGUGCCGCACGCGCCGGGGGGCAUGAGUCCCCGCGGCGCGUCGCCGACGCCCUUGCGGCCGCUCUCCCCGGCCCCCGUGCGCAAGGACCGCAAGAUCGUCGCCGCCGACGCCCCCGCGCGCUCGCCCUCCAUCUCGCCGGUGCGCUACCGGGACAUGAAGUCGCCCACGCCGUCGCAGCUCGCGUCGCCCGCGGCCUCGCCGCGCGCGUCCGACGUCGGCGUCGAGCUCGCGCCGCUCGUCGCGCCCGCGAAGGUCAUCGCGCCCGUCGUCGCCCCGAGCCCGAGCCCCGUCCGGACGCCCCGGCAGAUGCGCGAGCGCGCGGUGGACGUCGAGAGGGCGCAGCGGUCGCCGUCGGCGCCGCUGCUGCGCGUGCGGGCCGGCGGCGACGCGGCGAUGGCUGCGCGGGCCGACGCGCGGCGCAUGCGCGAGAAGGAGGCCGCGGACCGCCUCGCGCGCGCCGCGCGGCACCGCCUGGCGGUCUCGCCCAGCCCGGAGCGUCGCGUUGACGGGCGCGACGCCACGCCGCCGGGGCGCGCGAACUGGAGGUGA